AUGAUAGUCUCACGCUUUAUUUUGUCCAUCACAUGUGUAUGUAGUGUGACGUUCGGCCUGGUACCCAGACCAAAUCAGCAUAUUCGCAAUGACGAAUGGCACUCGUUACAUCGUCUCACGGAUCGAUUACGACUGAGGCAACUUCCAAUUCGCCGGCAGUUUACAGUUUGCUCGAAGGCUGCCAUCCAAACUGUAUCGAUUGCGUUACUGACAAUGUGCAACGAAACCGCGGAGGUACAAUGGCCUACAGAAGCAAUGCACGAGCAAUACACUCUAAUAGUCUCACAAAAACGGAUUGAUAUUCAAGCUUUUCAAGUUUGGGGUGCACUGCAUGCGUUGGAAACAGUUGCGCAGCUAGUGCGUCGAACGGAGGACAACCAACUAAUAAUCGAAGUGCAAACUAUUUACGAUGCCCCAAGAUUUACCCACCGUGGAUUCCUAAUCGAUACGGCACGACACUUUUUAUCUUUGGAGAGUAUACGGAACUUCUUGGACGCCAUGGCAAUGGUAAAAAUGAACGUACUUCAUUGGCAUAUCGUUGAUGAUGAGUCAUUUUCUUUUCAAUCCAUCACGUGGUCGAAUUUGUUUCGCUGUGUGCCUACGAUUCGAAUAUAA